AUGGCUACAAGUGAUCUUGAAUACUCUGUUGACCAAGAAAUUGCUGAUUUUUUCGAGAAGACUACAGCGACUCGCUCAGCGUGUGAUAUUCUCGCAAAGCAGCAUCUAGGUGGGAACAUCGUUCCGGUAGCCGUGCAAGGUGUAUGCAGCUAUACUGUCUACGCCGGGCCCAACGCCGAAUUCGUUGUCCAGUUUCGCCUUGCAUCCCUCCAAUUGAAUAUGGAGACUGCAAAUCUCGCUCGAAGCAUCUACGGUCACUUUGCACCGUGUGUGACAUUUUUGGGGCAGGUUGGAGAAGUAAUCGAAAGCAAGGAACCUCUUUACAUCUACGUCAUGAGCCGAGUAAGAGGCAUUAGUUACUUGGAUUUUAUCCUGGCACAUAACCGUCAAGUAUCCGAAAACUCACCUAAGUUUUCUUCAUGGCGCAGGAAUCUUGUAACUGAUAUCGCGAAGUUUUUUGCUCUUUCGUGGAAAGGUCCUCAAAACGUUGAUCAAACAUACCGCGACAACUUGUACUAUCGAUACAAAAAAGAACUGGAUUCACUACUUGUUUCUCUCCCAGAUCGCUUUCACCCUUUAAUUCAAGAAUCUCUCAAUUUAUUACCGACCAUUUUUUCUCUUCCCAUGGUGCUACUCCACAAAGACUUUGGUGUCUGCAACAUUAUUGUGAACGAAAUGUCUUGCAAUCUAGUUGGGGUGGUUGAUUGGGCCGAAGCAGAGAUUGCACCCUUUGGAUUGAACCUAUAUUCUCACCAAAGACUGAUAAGUAAGGUCCACCUCAAGAGUGGCUGGAUCCGGUUUGACGAUUAUGUCGCUUUGGAGGACAUAUUCUGGAGCACAUUCACCAAGGAAGCUGGAGGGUUGAGCAAUGACACCAUCAGAGCCAUUAAGGCAGCAAGAAUUGCAGGACUCCUGCUAUCUCGUGGCUUCACAAGUCGUCUUGCGAACAUGCCUGAGCCAGUACCUAUUCAGGAUGAUGAAAGCGGAGCAUAUAAUAUGCGUGAUCUGGAUGGGCUGUUAAUAAAUCCAGCUACGAAGUUUGCGGAUUUAGCAUAG